AUGUGCCGCGUCGUACUGCUCGACCAGACCCAGUACGUCGAUCAUCAGUCGGGAGCGGGGCUCCCAAGUAUCCCAGGACAGGGGAUAGCCGCACCACCGGACGAGAUAACUCGUCCGACGUCCGUUCACAUCGCGGUGGUUCAACAGCUGCUCAACAAGAUAGCGCUGGCCACCGCGAGGUCCUCUAAUGGAGUGGAGGAGGAUGGAAAACACUCUCCACACAAUCGUGGGGAAGCGUGUGUUCCCGAGAGAUUCUUUGAUCACGUAACUCUUGCGUUGCGCGGCGACCUCAAGCAUGAGCAGGACAGGCGUCUUCAACUGGCGGACACUGUUUUAUAG